AUGGGAAACAAAAUACCUAAACAACAAUUUUUGAUCGAGCAAGAACAACAAGCACGUGCUAAGAAUGAAAAUCCAUCCGAGUCUCUUAGGAAUAGCAAGGUCACGUUAGAGGGGGUGGAUAAGGGGGUGAAAAAGGAGGUGGAUGAUAAUAAAAGUUCGCAAAUGGAUCGAGAAAAAUUAAUUUUAAACGAGGCCGUACAACCCUCUGGCCAAAUUCGCGAUGAAAAGUCAUUUGUACCAGGUUGUCAAACGAAAUGGUCGAACAAUAGAAAAAAAGAACAAGAUGAAAAUGAACGAAUUAUGGAAGAACCUAAUCAAGAAAUUGUAAACAUUGAUAAAAUGUUACCAAAGGAUUCACUGGAAUAUAUUUUACGUGCACCUGAAAAUCUUCAACGAGAAAUAGUCGACGUUGUUUUUGGUGAUGUACAACAACCAAUCCAAUUACCUGAACAUGACAAAAAAUUGGACAAUUUUGAUCAAACUAGAUUGGAAAAUCGAAUUGGUUCGAAGAAAUUAGAUGAGAAAGAAUACGAGGAUAUCGACAACGUGUACGACGAAUUAAAGAAAUUAUACGAUUGGGAAGAUAACGAAAAUAAAAAUGGUCCUCGUCUUAAAGGUGACCAACGAAUGCAUCCCGAUGCAUCUGAAGAUGAACUAGAAAUCAAGGUGGUUUAG